GAAACGGCACGGGGAGAAGAAGCGGGACCCGGGAGUCCCUGAGCUUCAGAAGGACCAAGCAAGAAGAGCCGUCGAAGUGCGAAGGGGAGGGAGGAGGCUGUCGGAGCCCAUCCGAGCACCAGGCCCUUUUAAGGCGGAGGGAGCAAAGGGACGCGAGGCUCCGCACUCAGCCGCUAUAUAGGUCUGCAAGAGGCGGUCCGCGCUCCUCUCCUGGCUGUGCCGCGAUCUCUGUCGUCAAGACCAGGCCGUGCUCCAGGCUUAUCUCCCGCCGUCGAUCAAAGUAAGCGGGGUGGUGGUGGCCUGAAUCCCCCCACCCACCCCAUUCCCAAAAGAAGGUCGCCGCGUGAGGCGACGGCGGUGUCCCGAGGGAUGCUGCGGGUAGAAGGGCAGAGGAGCGGCGCCGCACCUGCUUCCUCCGGGGAGCCAUGUGCCCGCCGCCGCCGCCGCCUCUUCCUCGGCUAGGUCGGGCCCCAGGCCCCGCGAAGGGUUUCCUCAGAGGCGCCGCUGACAGGAUCGGCCGCGCAGACACGCGCGCGGGUGGGUGGGGGAGGGGGCCCAGCGCCACCCGGCUGAGGAGAGGCAGGCGCGCGCGCUCGUGGGCCUAGCCAGGCCCGGUGCCCGAGCGCGUCAUUCUCAGGGCCCGGAGCCCUGGCGCCUCCCGCAGCCCCUGCCUCCCUCCCUCGAGGCCUUGCGGCUUCUCUUCCCUGCGCUCGGCUUUUCUUCUUACCGGCCUUGGCUGAGCGCAGUUCCUCGCGGGGGAGAAGGUGUGAAAGAGAAGCAAAACCACCCGAUCAUGGUGGAUGGUGGCGGUUGCUGCUGUUGCCGCCGCCCUAAUGGCGCUCAUCUUCUAACGGCUUAAGUGGCCCGUUCAACAAUGGCUCGCCUGGUCUCGGGUAUCGCCUUGUGCCGAAAGGGAAUCGGUUUAGCCUCGGCUUCCCGAAGCAGCCGGCUUUUAUCCCAGAUGCCGCUAAGAAAACAGGAGAAAUUAGACGGGAGGGGACUUAGAUCUAGGAAUUCCCAUUGUUUCAACUUAGGUUUAAAUCUUGUUUAUUGGGUUUUUACAAAUGGCGGGCCAGUGAAUGAAAACGUCGGGGAAGUUAAGCCUGCUGGCCCCCUGCACUACAGCAAAACAUGUGAUGCAAGAAGAUGCCUGCCGGUGGCCUUGAUCUAGUUCAGCCUUGCACUAAUCCUGGCAGGAGAUAAGUCCUUUUUGUUCGCAGGAGCUGAGGAAGAAAGAUAGCGGUAUCCCAGGAAAUGUUCAGUGAAUCUUUCUUUGACUCUAGCAAGCUGAAGUUCAGGACUCCAUCAUGCAGUGUCAGACUAACAGGGAUGGGGAACCUAUCAGCCUCCAGAUGCUGUAAGGCUCCCGCUCCUGCCAACAUGGCCACUGGUCAAGGAUGAUGGAAGUUGCAGUCCAACAGAAACUGGAGGACCAUAGCUUCUCGUUCUUGCUGUGUAGACAUAGCAUGUGCAGCUGAACUACACACAGUGUCUCUGCGUCACAUCUUUGCUCUUGCAAACUUGACUAGCUAGCUUUCAGGAGGUCACUAUCGCUGCCCAAUGUUUGUAGGAGGACAACAAUGUGGGGAUAUGCCUUUCAAGGUGGUCGUAAGGCUUACUGAGUUAAUUUAUACUAACCUCACUGAACACAAAGGUUCCAGGGUGGAUCACAUCAAUGUAAAAUACAACACUAAAAACAGUUUAAAAAACAAAUUAGAAUACAACUAGAGUGGGUCCUAGAAUAUAUUUAAGUGUCAACGGCUAGGAUAAAGAGAUGUGUCUUCAGCAUAAGACAAAAACAGGAUGGUGUCAGAUGCACCACUAGAAAGGGAAUGCCACAAUUUAAGGCCCACCACACUUGAACUUCUGAGGGUGCCACAGCUACCAAGAGGACCCCCUCUGCUUAUCUGAGCACCUAAGAGGAUCUGUAGGGCAAGGAGGUGGUCUUUCAGGUAGUUGGGGCCUAGUUUGGGGCUUUUAACAGCAGUGUGAGCUCCAUAAAUUAAACCUGGAAACAAAUUAGCAACUGAUGAAGUUGUAAAUGUUAGUACUGUAUCCCUGUAUGAACCCUGUAUGACAAAGAUAUUGACUUCUUGGUUUGUAUUCCAGAUGCCUGAAGAAAUCCAAACCCAGCAUGGCGAAGAGGAGGUGGAAACCUUUGCCUUCCAGGCAGAGAUUGCCCAGCUUAUGUCCCUGAUAAUCAACACCUUUUACUCCAACAAGGAAAUCUUUAUGCGGGAGAUCAUUUCCAACGCCUCUGAUGUGAGUAUGUUGACCUAGAGUUGGGAGGAAGGAGAAGAGCUGUGUGGAAGAAGGAAUAAUACUUAAAUCUAGAAUUUAAAUAAUUUAUUUAGAGUUUCCCAUUGGAACGUCAUCUAUUUCCCAAACAGUGGUGCACACUCAUUAGUUGAGCUAUCCAUAAACAUUUAAUUAAAUAGAGCAUUUAUACUGUCUAGGAGGCUACACUGUAUGCCAGCCAUUUCUUCUAGUUGCAGAACACACCUGUUCUGUCCUGAUCCCAAAAACACAAAGUAGAAGACAAUCCAAAAGCUCCAUAGCAGCAUGCCUAUGCACAUUUUUUUUGUUUAUUUAGAGACUGUUAAGUGCCCAUAGCUUUCUAGAAGCAAGGCUUGGGCAGAGCAAGCUGUUAGGACAUCUGCUUUUUCUGUUUUCGUAUUCAUAAUGUCAGUUAUGGAGUAGGUUGCAGAGUUCAAGAAGUUAAAGAAUAUGGCGGUCUUCAAAACUACUGAUCUGUGGACAAAAUGAAGCCUGCCGGGCUCCUGCUUUGCCUUGCAAGGCCCACCUGCCAUAACACGGCAUAAGGUGUGGGGCAUAGAAAGCUACAGAGGAAUAAUUGGUGCCUUAUAAUGUUUUCCUGGUUGUUUCUCUGCAAGUGGGGCUUGCCAUGGGUGUCUUUAAAACUUUGCAUCGAUGGCAGGCCCUGGGCACAAUAGUAUGGGUCUCCCAGUGAUCCACAGAAUGGCAUUUCCUGGACCAAGAGUCUUUUUUUAAAAAAAAAUAAUAUUUAUUGAGAAUUUUAAGAUUACAAAGAAAAAAAGUCAAAAAGAAAAAACAAAGCACACAAUACAUCAAAAUCAAAAAGCAAAAAUAAACAAAAAAUUUAAAAACAGAUCCAAUAUUCCCAGAUCCUUAUCUGUCAUUACCUUAUUUCAUCGACCUCCUCACACCUCCCUUUUUUGUAUUCUAGUUGUUAAUUAUCUCAGCAAAUCUUUUCCAUCUUUCACAAUGUUCUGUCAUUAAAUUACCUUAAUCUAUUUUAACCUUAUCUUACCAUAAAAAACCCUAAAACUUAAAUCUUAUUUAUACCAAAUUCUCUGAACCAUAACAUAUUCUUACAUAAUUCUUUUUAACAUUUCUGCUAAAGCCAAAUAAUUUCAUUCCAACAUUUUUCUAAUACUCAUUAAUUUUACGAUACUUUUCUAAAUGAAUUUUUAAAACUUUCUUCCAAUCUUCAUCCAUCGUCUCUUCUUCCUGGUCUCGGGUUUUGUCAGUCCUUUCUAUCCCAUCCAUCUAGUCCAUCAAUCUGGUGACCUUAUGUCCGAGGCUCUUAAGUCUCUUCCAUGUCCCUUGCGCAGGUCUUCUUCAUAUUUAUACCUGUACUUUACUUUGUCUUCUGCUCUUUUCACUCGGGGAGACUCCAGCUUGACAAUAUUUUUGUCCCUUCUCGACAAGUCAGCCUCUUUUCCAUAGUCAACACUGAAAUCCAUGUGGUAUUUAAAGGCAUGUUUCAAGGUCCCUCCAAAGUUAAAGGCCCCCACAACUCCGAGCUCCCCCCGGCCCAAAGCCAGACUUGGGUCAAAACAUCCCUGCAUAGGGGGGUCUAUCCAGCCCCCCAUCUCCAAGCCCAACUGGACUCCAUCUCUCCAAAUCUGACUUUUUCCAGGUUCAUUCGUCGAAUCCAACCACUCAUAUUCCUGCUGGGCCACAGUUCCCUCCUCCUGGAUCAAGAGUCUAGAUCCUGGUGCAUUUCAUCACUUGCUGGAGUCUAGCCCCCAGUAUCAAACCUAUAACAAACAGCAGUAUAAUAUGGAAUCUAUUGCAGAGUCCCAAACCGAUAGUAACAACAUAGUACAUAACCUUUUGUGUCAUUUGGUAAUGAUUGAUCUUGAAAAAUGUAUUUUUACAGUGGUUCUUUAUUUUUUAAUAAAUGCACCCUUUCCCUCAGUGUAUUUGAGUUUUCACAUAAUUUUAUUCAGAUUUAAUUGUCCUAUCUUUUUAGAAAGAUAAACUUGGGAUUUUUUCUUCUUCAAAUCUGAUUAAAUGAUUUCCCCUCAUCUUGGCAAUACUGAAAAAAAGGCUUAGCAGUAGGGACAAACAGAUUUGAUCAAGCCAACUGCUGGUAUUAACUAGAAGUGAGCACUCACUUUCCAUCUUUUUCUAGGUAAAGCUGGUUACCUUAGAAGUUCAGAUUGGGACAACCUUCCCAACCUGUUGCCCUUUAGAUGUUGUUGGACUCCAGCACCCAUCAGCCCCAGCCAGUGUGGCUAGUGGUCAGAGAUGAUGGGAGCUGUGGUCUAAUAACAUUGGAGGACCACAGGUUGGGGAAGCCUACACUAUAGCAUGCAAUCUCUUGAGAGUGUUAGGAAGGUAGACAGUGUGGACAGAUUCCUACAUUUAAAAACCCUGCUGGAACAAACCAAAGAUGCAUUUAGUCUGGCAUCUUGUUUUUGUCAGUGGAUAGCCAAAUGCUCUGAAGAUGCCCAAAAGAAGGGCAUGAAGACAUGUCGCCAUUGUUUGCCGGUUGCUACAGAGCAGCUGUUUGUGGUUAUAAUGGCUGAUUGUAUUCCCCUUUUAAAUCCUCUAAGCCAGUGGCGAUUGCCACACCUUAUGACGACAAAUUCUAUAAUUCUGCAUUGUGUGCUGAAAUACUUACUUGGUCCUAAAUCUGCUGCCCAAAUUUUGUUGGGUCUAGUAUUAUAUAUGAGAGAGAGAGCGCUCACACACAAUUUCCUCUUACCGUUUUUUUAGCAUCAUGAAUACUUUUAUAAAGCUCCCUCCUAUUCUCCCUUCAGAGUAGCUUGCCCAGCAGCAAUGUUGAUUGCCACUUCCUGGGAAGGACAAGGCUGGGUGCAGUGGUAGGAGUGCUGGAUUGGUUCUGCUGUGUAGCCCCAACCUCCUCACUGCCUAGCGCCUCUCCUUUCCCAUCAACGGCAACCACUGGGGGGCUCUUGCUGUUGGUGUGCCUCACCAGUUGAGCCGCUCCUACCUUCCUUAGUUUAUGAAUAAGAGAGGGAGGGAGGUCUUCAUACUCUUCCUUCCAGGAGAGCAACAACCCUGUGCCAGGUUUGCUUCUGGGACUUCGUUUAAGCAGAACCUUCUCAUGCAGAAGCAGCGUUCUGACAUGGAUUGAUCACAUUGGCUCAAUUUCUUCCUCUCACCCUCAGAAGCAGCUUUGCAGUAGGCAUGUGCUAACAAGUGCUGGGGGAACUGGUUCACCUCUCCUUCAUACUGCUCUGAGAUUUUACUCAUCCCUUUCUGAACAGGCUUUGUUCCUUCUUACGCCUCCGGCAGAGUUUUGUUUUGACGGUAUCGCUGGCUCUAGUGGGCCCCUUUAAAGUCCUACCUGGAAACAAUGAUUGGAAUAGAUUUUAGCAUGGCUCCAGUUCAAGGGUGUGGGCAAGUGUUGGCAUCACAUUUCAAAAUAGUCUAAUAAACAGAUGAGAAUCCAAAACAAACAAAAAAAUGCCUAAGUGAAAUACUCAUAGUAAAAAAAGGGGGGGGGUCCAAUAUGUUCUAGUAGCCUAAUAAGUUUUAAAAAGUAGAAAUAAGAAAUAACUGUUGCAAGUUUGCUUUAUGAGAGUGUUAACUUCUGUGUCAUGAUAAAGUCAUAUUUGAGCAGAAUGAACUUCCUAGGAUAAGCGUUAUUCCUGAGGUCCAGUGGUUACCCUGUAGUCCUAGGUAAUGUUUUUCUAAAAAACAACAAGGAAUGUACUAUUUUUUACAGAAACAAAAACAUACUCCAUUGUUUUUUAAAGCCGUAUAACAACAUUAAAAUAGAAUUGGUGAUACAAGUAAAAUGCUAACAUUUUCUCUGCCCUACUUUGAGAAGUUGUCAAGAAUUAAAUGGAUUUAUGUUAGCUUUGGUCUUCAGAAGUUUCUCUUCCUCAUUCAUUUCAGUAACGACAAAUUGGAUCCCCAAGCUUUGUAAAUUCCAUGCAAUUUAACAGCAAACAAAGUGAAAGUUGGGCAGGGGGGCUUAAACAUCACAGGACAACUGAUUGCCAUCAUCAUUGGAUAUGUGGAAUAUAAAGUGACUGAGAUUUGUAUUUUUAUAUAACAAAUUUCAAACAGCUACUUAGCGUCACAACAAUGCCGUUAACUUUGACAACGGUUUGUAGAUCUCUAAAAUCUGAAAACUGAUAGCAUCAUGAAACAUUUUGUUUGCUUACAUGCAGUCCUGUGGAAGUGAUACAGAUUCUGAAAUUGAGAUUGUCUGUUCGAUCAUCCCAUCCUUACCUAUUUUUUCUUGUCUCAUAGGCACUGGACAAAAUCCGCUAUGAGAGUCUGACAGAUCCCUCAAAGCUGGAAAGUGGCAAAGAGCUGAAGAUAGAUAUCAUUCCCAAUCCCCAUGAUCGCACCCUCACCUUGGUGGACACCGGUAUUGGCAUGACAAAGGCAGACCUUAUCAACAAUCUGGGCACCAUUGCGAAGUCUGGCACCAAAGCCUUCAUGGAAGCCUUGCAGGUGGGUGGCUGGUGGGUGAGAUUUUUGGAAAGGAUGGAGAGCAACAACUUUAGUUUGUUGACUUAAAUAAGUAGAGAGACAAGGGAUCUGGCAUAUAGAGGCAUGCUUGAAUUUCACAUUCAAAGAAACUGGGAUUCUUUAGCAGGAAAACCUGAAUCUCUUACUUAACAUCUAUAUUAGAAAUUAAAGUAAUUACAUGCAAAGUAGGCAAAUUGGUGCUUAUUUAACAACAUUCUACUGGAGAGGAACAGAGAACUGUACAGGGUAUCUAAUCCCCUUGAUAAGUGGAAAUUAUUGUCUCAUGAGCUCGUCUGAGAAUUUCAUCAGCCACUAUCCAUGCACUUUAUAUAUAGUCUGAUGGUAGGGAACCUGUGCUCCUCCUGAUGCCACCUGAUUUAAAUUCCUACCAUCCCAGGUCAUUGGCCAUGUUCUCUGGGGCUGAUGAGAGUUGGUUUCCAGUAAAUUAGGGCCACAGGUCCCUCUCCCUGAUUUUAAGAGGAAGAAGGCUGCUUUUAAUACAAUCAAAACCGAGGCUUUCAGGAUGUUGAAUCCUUUGCCUAUGAAUUUUCAUUUUUUUUCACAAAAUUCAGCACCUCGCUCAUAAGCUGCUUCACUGUUUUGUACCAUUCCUAUUUUUAAAAUAAACAAAAAAAUCUAAAUUCAUUAUAAAGCUGCAUCUAACCUGGGUGUUGCCUUAUUUCCUGCCAGCUCUUCAUGUCUAGAACAUAGCUUUCUGGUCAUUUAGAAACUCUGUGUAUGCAUAUGUAUAAGUUAGCUUUCCUUUCCAGGCAUCUAGUCUCUCUUCUUCCAUCUACAGGCUGGUGCAGACAUCUCCAUGAUUGGACAGUUCGGUGUGGGCUUUUACUCUGCUUACCUUGUGGCUGAGAAGGUUGUGGUUAUCACCAAGCACAACGAUGAUGAACAGUAUGCCUGGGAGUCAUCUGCAGGCGGCUCCUUCACUGUCAAAACUGACCAUGGUAUGUGAUGGCAGAUGCCCCCAAAAGCAAGUGAUCAAGGGGUUCUCAAAUGCUUUCUUGAAUUAGAAGUAGAAGGGGGAAUGUGGCAGUAUCAUACAUGACCCAAAAGUAGGAAUCAUAGUACAGUGGUACUUGGGUUACAAACACUUUGGGUUACAGACUCCACUAACCCAGAAGUAGUUCCUCGGGUUAAGAACUUUACCUCAGGAUGAGAACAGAAAUCGCGGAAAUUAGCUAAAGUGGUACAUCAGGUUAAGAACAGUUCCAGGUUAUGAACAGAUCUCUGGAACAAAUUAAGUACAUAACCAGAGGUACCACUAUAAUUCUUCCUCUUCUCUUCUUUUCUGCCCUCUGCUAGUGAGGUUGAGAAGUAACCAGCAAAAAAGACUUGUUACCCAGGAGACCUUUCAGUCAUUUCCAAAAGAGCACGGAGGUUGGGACAUGGUGCAGCAGCACAUUGUGUGCUGGUCCCAGAAUCCCUCUGCUAUGUUGCUGGGACUUCCUGCAUCAUUUACAGUUCAUUUGGGAUCUCUUUUUCUGAUUCUGUGAGGCAGAUUGAGCGUGAAGUGACAUUUUUUUCACUUUUAAAUAAUAUUUUAUUAAACAGAAUGUAUAAAUAGCAUCUCUUCUCCACCACAGAAUUCUCAAAAGCAUUCCAUAAGGGAAUAAAAAAGAAACCAUAAUUAUCUGUUGAUGCAAGAGAUACAAAAUAAAUGUAUUAUCUGCGUCACCUCAUGCUUUUCAUAUUUCUGAGGCAGCUAUAAAUAGGUGUCCUUGCAUAUUGUCAUUAGGUGCAUAGCUUGAGUUUGCAGGGGAAGAAAUGGCGACGCUAGUUGUCAAUCAAGAUGUCGACCCAGUGUGCGACAGCUGUAAAAAAGACAAAUUCCAUACUAGGAUCAUUAGGAAAUGAAUUGAAAAUAAAACUGCCAAUAUCACAAGUGUCGUUAUAAAAAUCUGGAAUGCAUCUGAAACACGGAGGGAAAAUUGCGGCAUUUAGGACUUUUUAGUUUAGAGAAAAGGCAAGUAAGAGGUGACAUAGAAGUUUGAAAAAUUAAGCAUGGCAUGGAGAAAGUGGAUAGAGAAAUGUUUUUCUCCCUCAUAACACUAGAACUCCUGGGCAUCUAAUGAAACUGAAUGUUGGAGGUUUGGGGACAGGAAGAAAGGCAUUCAUUCACGUAGCACAAAGAUAAACUUUGGAAUUUGCUCCCACCAAAGCAGUGAUAGCCACCAACUUGGAUGGCUUUAAAAGAGGAUUAGGGAAGUUUGUGGAGGAUAAGGCUCUCAAUGGCUGAGGGAGAGCACUCCUGUUUGUGAAUUUGACACAGGCAUCUGGUUAGCCACUCUAUGAACAGGAUGCUGGACUAGAUAGGCCAUUGGCCUGAUCCAGCAGGCUCUUACCUUCUUUCUAGUAGCCUCAUAAAAGGAACGCAGGUGGCGCUGUGGGUUAAACCACAGAGCCUAGGACUUGCCGAUCAGAAGGUCAGCGGUUUGAAUCCCCGUGACGGGGUGAGCUCCCGUUGCUCAGUCCCUACUCCUGCCAACCUAGCAGUUGGAAAGCACGUCAAAGUGCAAGUAGAUAAAUAGGUACCGCUCCGGCGGGAAGGUAAACGGUAUUUCCAUGCGCUGCUCUGGUUCGCCAGAAGCGGCUUAGUCGUGCUGGCCACAAUACCCGGAAGCUGUACGCCGGCUCCCUUGGCCAAUAAAGCGAAAUGAGCGCCACAAUCCCAGAGUCUGUCACGACUGGACCUAAUGGUCAGGGGCUACCUUUAGUAGCCUCGUAGGUUUCCUCUGAACAAUCUUAGGCUGCAUAUGUACACUUAAGAAAGAGUUCUUACCAAUUAUAAGACCUACGACUUGCUCUUAGAAGACAAAAACUAAGUUUUUUAUAUCAGCCUCUCCAAAACAAGGACUACCUCCCCCAGUAAUGGCCAGUCUUCCACCUGCUGGAGAUGUUGGCUCUGACCAGGAACACUUUCUAAGGAACCGCAGAUCUGACGUGGCCUUCUAGAGUCUCCCACCAGCCUUCGCCAACCUAGUGCUCCCCAGAUGUUUUGGACUGCAGCUCUGCAACCCAGGCUUAGUUCCUCUUGUUCUUUGUUUUAGGUGAACCCAUUGGCCGUGGUACCAAAGUGAUCUUGCACCUGAAGGAAGAUCAGACUGAAUACCUGGAGGAACGUCGCAUCAAGGAAGUGGUGAAGAAGCACUCUCAGUUCAUCGGCUACCCUAUCACCCUCUAUGUAGGUAUACAAGAGGAGCUGCUCCAGGGGGUCAAGGGAGUUUCAUUUCCACAGCCACCUUUAGGUGUGUGGUGGAAACUGUUCCACAUUGUGCUGCUGUUGGAGUGCUAAAGUCUCUCCAUGAAGGAGAGCCCAGGCAUGGUAUGUGAAGGAGGGAGAGCUGGACUAUUCAUAUACUGCCUGUACUUGCAGAGCAAUCCUGCAGCUUUUGAAACAGAUUUUAUAGGAGCAUUGUACUGGCUUGUGGCUUAGGCUGCUGUUGAUGUUAUUUAUUGAAUUUCGUUUCAGACUGGGACCCACCUUCAACACAAAAAUGGAUUUGGGAAUCCGUUUCUUAAUUUUUGUUAUAUAUUUCUAUUGCAGUUAACUGCUGCUGUUAAUGAGCCUUAAAUCAGACCAUGACCCAAUAUUGGGUCCUGACACACCAGUAGCUGGGUGAAGUCUUGCAUGCUUUAAAGUGUUUAGGGUGCUAAAGUGAAGUGGCUCUUGCAAUUUCAAGUGCGGCUUCACUUGGGAAGCUUUCUCUUGUGUAAAGCAGCUCCAUCCUGUGGUGGGCUUUUUAAAAAGUUCUGCCACAUCUUGGGUUGUGGCCUGAGAAAGCAGUGGCCACACUUUAGAUGGUAGUGGUGUUUUGAAACUGCUCCCUUGACUAGCAUGAGAAGCAGAAUGGCUAAACUCUCUACCUGGUGGAAGUAUAGGUGUGAAGUUGGCAAGACAAAGGGUGCCUCUCUGUGUCUGCAUGCUUCAUACACGGUACAUUAAUCCCCCAUUCUCUGAAUAUGGCCCACGCCUAGGUUUGACCCUUCUAACUUUAUCCCUCUUGAUAAACCUGCAGUACAGUAACAAGGUUCUCUUCUUGCAGCUGGAGAAGGAGCGUGAGAAGGAAAUCAGCGACGAUGAAGCGGAGGAGGAAAAAGUGGAGAAGGAGGAUGAAGAGGCAGCCCCCAAGGAUGAGGAGGAGAAGCCCAAGAUUGAAGAUGUGGGCUCAGAUGAGGAGGAGGAAGGUGGCAAGAGCAAGAAGAAGACCAAGAAGAUCAAGGAAAAGUACAUCGACCAGGAGGAACUGAACAAGACCAAACCCAUCUGGACCCGAAACCCUGAUGACAUCACUCAGGAGGAGUAUGGCGAGUUCUACAAGAGCUUGACUAAUGAUUGGGAAGACCAUCUGGCUGUUAAGGUGAGAGUGGUAGAUAUCUCUGCUGAUAUCUACUGUACUUGGUUCUCUGUAUUGAGCAAAGGCCCAGAGAAAUUAGCAGACAAGAUGGCAAUACAGGGCAGCAGCGUCUGCUGACUAAGAAACUGAGCCCUUAAAUAGGGUUGUCAUACAUCUGGAAUUUCCUGGACAUACCCAGAAUACUGUGGUUGGCAGCAGUGCCCAGGCAGAAAUUAGCAAAAUGUCUGGAAAAAUCCAGAUGUAUGGCAGCCCAUGCUGGCAGUGUGGUUUUUCCAUUUAAAAAAGCUCAACAACUUUGCCACUGCCAAGCAACCUUUUAUGUCCAGAUUUUUGAAAUAUGGCAACCCUAACUGAAGAAUGUAUGCAUUAUUAUGUGAAGGGGAUAGAAGAGACCGCUUCAUGGAGGAAGAAGCUUGCAGUUCUCCACUGCAAUAUAUUUUCUAAGUGUCGCUAGGUUUCAUUAGAGUUGCCUGCACCCAUUCAUAGCUGUGGGUAGAAGUAUAGCAAUAUGUUUUAAAGUAUUAACUGAGGUAUCAUUGAAAAGUUUAAAAAACAAACAAACACACCCCCUCAGGCUAGAGGAGUGAAGGAUCUCUUGAAUGAAAUAAUUGGAACUAGGUGUAUGGCUGCCAGAUUCCAUGCUGGGGCAAAUUUUUGUCCAUUUCCAGCUGCGUUCUGGGUUGCAAAUGAACAGGUGCAGCUUCUCUUGUCCAUAUAGCACUAAUGGAAUAAGUGGCACCUCUACUGGGGUGCAAGAAAUUCUAGCACGGUGAAGCUUCUUCUGAAGCUUCCUCUUGCCUAGCAAGUUUUGCCAGGAAUAUCUAACAAGUCCAGUCCACACAGAUGUCUUCCUAUGGUACUUUUGCUGCCAGUGUGUGUUUUCCCCAAAGGGCUGCUCACUAGCUCAUCUGAUGUUCCCAAACUUCACAGCACUUCUCUGUGGAGGGGCAGUUGGAAUUCCGGGCGCUUCUCUUCAUCCCACGCCGGGCCCCGUUUGACCUCUUUGAGAACAAGAAGAAAAAGAACAACAUCAAGCUCUAUGUGAGGCGCGUCUUCAUUAUGGACAGCUGUGAUGAACUCAUCCCAGAGUACCUGAGUAAGCUCCCUCUCUCUGUUCCUGCCUUACCUCACUUAGAAUAUUGGGCUGUUUUUAUCGCCCUUGUUUGACCCAUCUCUGCAAUGCCAGUAUUGAAGUAUCAUUUCAUUCUGGUUUUUCAAACUCCCAGAACAAGGUGGCAUCGCUAGAUGCUUAUGGACUACAAUUCCCAUCAUCCUUAAUCAUUGGUCAUGCUAGAUGGAGCUGAUGGGAAUUGGAGUGACACAUGUUCCCCAUCACUGAUCUCUAGCAAAGCUGUAUCUCCCACCCCAGCCAGCCUGGCUUAGUGUACUCAUUUAUCUUCCUCUGCUAUUUGUAGAACUGUGGCGGGGCAGGCGGGAAUUAGUGCAAGGGGUCAUGACAUAGGUUAGUUCCCUCUGUGCAAGUUCUCUUUGCGCUGUUCCUCCCAAACACCCGAGGCUUGCAUUUCCAAUUGGGCACUGUUUUGCUUAUAAAAUGCUUUCGCAGGUUGGUUCAUCCUCUCCUUAAAAAAUGAUAGUAAUACUGCACAACAUUGGUCCAAGGAAGAGAAUCAAACCAUACAGCAAUUCUAUGGAAAACCAAACCAUAUGAAAAUUCUCAGGGUGGAGACUCUGGAAAUGAGCAAAGCCCUUCUGCUGAGUUCUGCAAAGGGCACUUUUGAGGAAGGCUGAAUUGCCAUGGAUGUACACACUUUCUUGUCCCUUCUCCCUGGAUCACUUAUGUAGAACAAAGAAAUGGUACUCUCUUACUCAGAUUACCUAUCAGUUGUCAUGGCUCGUUUAGUCUCUGAUUUUAUUUCUUCCUUUCUUUUGUUAAAUCAGACUUUAUCCGGGGUGUAGUGGACUCCGAGGAUCUGCCCCUGAACAUCUCCCGUGAGAUGCUGCAACAAAGCAAGAUUCUCAAAGUGAUUCGCAAGAACAUCGUCAAGAAAUGCCUGGAGCUUUUUGCAGAGCUGGCGGAGGACAAAGAAAACUACAAGAAGUUCUACGAAGCCUUCUCCAAAAAUCUCAAGGUGAGAGCUGACCAGCCCACUGUCUCAGGCUGGAUUGAGCACAGUAAUUUGGGCAGUAAAACAAUCUGCUGCAGUAGAAUUUCUUGCUCCUGACUUCUACUACCUUGUUUUGUUUUUAAUUAUGGGAAGUGUUCUUUUAAAAAACAGUUCUAGUCCUCAUGAUUGUGAAAAGGCUGGGAAAUCUUCAGGCCAUAAGCUCAGAAAAGUGGAGAGUGAAGCUAAGCAGUAAUUUUAGAUUAUCAGAAAGCUUAACUCUAGCCUGAACACCUGUUGCCCUGCAUGUCCAUUUAUUAGCCUGGCCAGUUGGGUACCUAUUUAUUUAGAGUCCAGUUCUUCUCUCCCCAACCACCCUGGGUUGGGCUGCCCAUCUGUCAAUAGUGACAUUUUUUUGCCCACACUAUUUGGAAUCUAUAAAUACAAAUAAAUGCAUCUAAAACAUCUUUUGCCCUUAGCUGGGGAUCCAUGAGGACUCUACCAACAGGAAACGCCUGUCAGAACUGUUGCGGUACCAUACUUCCCACUCUGGCGACGAGAUGAAUUCCCUCUCCGAAUAUGUGUCCCGUAUGAAGGAAAACCAGAAAAGCAUCUAUUACAUCACAGGUAAAUAAUACCUGCUGUCAGGACAAAGCUGAUCAAACCUUUGUCUCCUCACAGUGGAAUGAUGAUUCCUUUGAGCAGGAAUCUUUGGUUAUAGUGGAACCUGGGAAUUUUAUUUCCACUGAACUCGCCUUGCCUGCUCUGGCAUCAAUUUCUGAGUUAUUUGUGCCUUUGGUCAAUUCUCCUUAAUAGAUUACCUUCCUUGGAUCUUCUGGGGGUGGUGGCUCUUUUCUUUAAUUGAAGAGAGAUUGAAAACCCAACUCUAAUCUUCAUGAUUCCAGAGACAUGAGCUAAAAACCUCCAAAUUUUAAUUAAACGUUGUGAAACCAGUAAGAGUUAAUUCAGAAGGACUUCCAAAUAUCUGUCAAUUCUUUUACACAUCUUUGCCCUUUAGAGUUCCAGUCUAAUUUCUCAGUGCAUGAUAAAAAAUGGGAAAACACACCUUUCAAGGUCCUAAAUUGCACGAUCCACAUAAUGUGUGCUGAUUAAAUUACGCAAAAGGGAGGCACAUUUAUAAUAGGAACUGAAGCUUAGAUUCAGCAGAUGUAGACAGAAAUACAUCUUGAUUUGCUCUGUACUAGAAUAUUGGUCUCUAUUAGAAGAUAACCUUGGUGCCCUCUGUUUUGAGUGUUGGGUGCAAAAAUCUCCUGUUUUGAUACCUUCCUAGUCUUGCCAGGUUUGGGGGCCCCAUCCACAAGGCUUAGCAAAAUGCAUGACCAGCUGAAACAUGCUUGUUAUGAGAGCAUCAUUACUCUCUUUAAAAAUGGAGCUUUGUUGGAGCCCAUGAUGUGCAGCCUGAUGUUAGCUCCUCUAAUCUCUUGUGCUGCAGGUGAGAGCAAGGAGCAGGUGGCUAACUCUGCCUUUGUGGAGCGAGUGAGGAAACGUGGUUUUGAGGUGGUGUACAUGACAGAGCCCAUUGAUGAGUAUAGCGUCCAGCAGCUGAAGGAAUUUGAUGGCAAGACCUUGGUGUCCGUCACCAAAGAAGGGCUGGAGCUGCCAGAGGAUGAGGACGAGAAGAAGAAGAUGGAGGAGAGCAAAGCCAAGUUUGAGAACCUUUGCAAACUCAUGAAGGAAAUCCUGGAGAAGAAAGUUGAAAAGGUGAGUGUGCUUUGUCCCUUUAUCUGCCUGACCGCACACAUGUGCCAAGAAGGCAGAGGGCCUUCUUGGUAGUGGUGCCCUCCCUUCAGAUGUCAAGGAGAUAAAGAAUUACACAACUUUUAGAAGACAUCUGAAGGCAGCCCUGUAUCAGGGGGUUUUUAAAGCUUGUUUUUAUUAUAUUUUUAGAUAUGCUGUAAGCCACCCAGAGUGGCUGGGGAAACGUAGCCAGAUGGGUUAAGAAUAAUAAGCAUUUUUUGAUGAAGGCUCAUGAUUUGGCAUCUGGUGUCUUAUCUAGGUGACGGUCUCAAACAGGCUGGUCUCCUCGCCCUGCUGUAUUGUCACCAGCACCUAUGGCUGGACUGCCAACAUGGAACGUAUCAUGAAGGCCCAGGCCUUGCGAGACAACUCCACCAUGGGCUACAUGAUGGCCAAGAAGCACCUGGAGAUCAAUCCUGACCACCCCAUUGUAGAGACACUGCGUCAGAAGGCGGAGGCAGACAAGAACGACAAGGCCGUCAAGGACCUUGUGGUGCUGCUCUUUGAGACAGCACUGCUUUCCUCUGGCUUCUCCUUGGAGGAUCCACAGACUCACUCCAACCGUAUCUAUAGGAUGAUCAAGCUGGGGCUCGGUGAGUUGCUGGGAGAUGGGGAGCAGCAAAGCCUAUUUCUUCUGCUAUUGAGGAAAUGGAAUAUGGCAAGUUAAGAGAGGUUUAUAGCCUUUUUGUGACCCUGAUGCAUUCAAUCCAGGGCUUGUCAAACAACUUGGGUUUUUUGGCCUCAGGAAGGUCCAAUUUACUUGGUUACUCUACCCACAAAUGCACACUCAUUCUUCUCUAGCCUCAGGGGAAACUUUGUUGUGGCAGUGGUGGUGGGAACAUGAGUGUGGGUUAGUCACAUAGAAUUGUGACGUUGUGAAAAGGGCAGGAGAGGUAUAGCAGUGGGGGGAGUGUUUUUAUAAGUGAGGCCUGGUGAGCAGAAGGAUGUGAAAUUGCCUGUAGCUGGUGUGGAAAGCAGACUUGGAACCUAAAUGUCAAUUAAUUUUGGGAGUACCAAGAAAGGAUUCCAGCCUGUAACACAAGGUGGUGGAUGUGAAGGUAUGAGAGCCCAAGCUAAGAUUGGACCUUUUCCAUGACUUUGCUACUGAUGGAAGUGUCUAUUCUCUCAGUACCUCCCCCCAGCAUCUACAACAUGGAGAUAACUUUGCCGCACCUUUCCAGGCUGUUGUAAGCAUUACUGAGAUUGUGAUGGAUAUUGGCAAAUGUUCUUUAGUCUGCCAAAUUUUUCUAAAAAUUGUAGAUAUAUACCUAAGGAGCUUCCAUGAAGGGCAUUCUAUAGUAUUGCAGUAUAAGGCUGACAAGUCUUUGCUUUGUUACUGCUACAUGUGUGGCCUUAUUAAAGCCCUGUUAGGGCACUGAAUCUCCUUGUAUGUAAACAAACCUGCAGGGAGAAGCAGCAGGUCAUGGCUCUGAGCCCUCCACACACUUGAGGACAAAGGCCUAAAGUGAGGAUCCUUCUCUCUUCAUGGAGGCUCCUCACUUCAGGCCCUCAUGCUUUUGGAGAGCUCCAAACUGAGUACAACCGAUGUGCCACAGGGGGCAUGAUGAUUGCUUGCAAAUGAGAAAGGAAUACAAGUCUGGCUCUUAAAGAGACCCUUUCUAGCCUUGAACGGCCUAAAAAUGAUUUUCUAUUGCACACUUACUAUUUCAGGGAUUGAUGAAGAUGAGGUUGCUGCUGAAGAGCCUAGUGCUGCUGUCUCUGAAGAUAUUCCCCCUCUGGAAGGAGACGAGGAUGCCUCACGCAUGGAGGAGGUGGAUUAAAGAGAGGGCGCUGACCUCCCCCUCUGUCUUGCCCCCAUCCAUUCCCUGCACCAUCGCCUUGCUCAGGAAGACUGGCUCCGGCAGUGCUCUGGCAUGCCUUCGUAAGCAGUCUCUCACUACCUUCCUGUAUAAUUGGUAGCCAGUGUGACAAGGGGUCUCCACACCUAUCUGAUCUGUCUUUCUGCUUGUUUAGAAAAAAUGCUGCUUUAGGGGAAAGGGACUGGCCCACUGGUUUUAGGUUUUCCCUCCCCCAUGCGGGUUUUAUCCUUUUUCUGCUGGGCCACCAAGCAUCCAUCCUACCAUAGCUGAGGUGAACACAGUGAAUGUCCUCCCCACUAAUAGAGCAGUGAGUUGACUCCUUGCCUCCCUCCCUCACUGCUGCCCUUUGUCCUCAGAGAGCAGGGACUUGUACUCUUGUUGGCUGUUUGUAUUUGGUUUUGUUUUACUGGAAUUAAAAUAACAAAGAAUGUGGUUUACAAUGAA